CUGACUUUGGCAACCAGAGUAGAGAGCUGCCUCCUUGCGGUAAGAGUGAUGGUGAGGAAGGAGAACGGCAAAGCACGAUAGACGACUGGCAACGACACAUCGGAUCAUCAGUGAUAAACCCAGAGCAAGAAGCCUCGUAAGUAGCCUAAAGAUCGGAAAAUUACCCACUCAACUUAAAAGCCAUGCCAACUUACUACUACAACUGCAGUACAAAGUCGUCCAUCGUGGAUCAGUGACUUGUGAACGACCUACAUAAAUGAAGCAAAAAUCACUAAUUUGUUAUUUUCAUAAAUUGCAUCUUUAUGUGUCUAACCUGUUGCCCUUCUCUCUCUCUCUCUCUCGGAACCAGAUUACUGGAACUUGAGUGAGUACUUUUGUCCUUCAUUUCUUCAGGAUGGCAGAGACUGAAGGGAAAUUUGACUUUGCCAUCGACCGCGGUGGCACGUUCACCGACGUCUUUGCCCGAUUACCUGACGGCCGGGAGAGGGUCCUGAAACUUCUGUCACACGACCCCCAAAACUACAAAGACGCUCCAACUGAGGGGAUCCGCAGGGUUCUGGAGGAGGUGAGAUGGACCUCUGGAGAGACGGGGUGGGGAGAGGAAUUAAAGGACUAAGGAAUAAAACGAUGAGAAAGAGAGACGCGCAGUUGAAGUGGAAAGGUAGUUUAUUGAGAAAUGAAGACAGCAGAAAGGGUCGUUUUAGUUAAAGCUUGUCCCGCUAUGUUCACAGGAGACUGGGCAGGCCUUUCCCAGGGAACAGCCCGUGGAGACGUCCCUGAUUGGCUGGAUCAGGAUGGGCACCACGGUGGCGACCAAUGCCCUGCUGGAGAGGCAAGGAGAGAGGACCGCCCUCCUGGUCACAAAGGGGUUCAAGGAUCUGCUGCAUAUUGGCACCCAGGCCCGGCCAAAGCUCUUCGAUUUGGUUAGUGCUUCUCUUAGGGUCGGCAGGUAGCUUAGUGGGUAAGAGCGUUGUGCCAGUAACCGAAAGGUCGCUGGUUCUAAUCCCCGAGCCGACUAGGUGAAAAAUCUGUCGAUGUGCCCUUAAGCAAGGCACUUAACCCUAAUUGCUCCUGUAAGUCGCUCUGGAUAAGAGCGUCUGCUAAAUGACUAAAAUGUAAAUGUAAAUGUCUUUGGAAUGGAGACUGGGCACAAUAGAGUUUACGCUGUGAGGGCCCUUUGUUUGGGGUGGUGAGGUUGGGGUCUCGUCCCCCCUUGUCGGAGACUGACACUAAUGUAAUGAUGAAUGAAUUAAUGCUUGAACAAUGACAUACCGGCCGUGUUACUGAUACGAUUAACUGAGCACUGAUUAUAUUAUACACGAGUGGCAGUCGGCACUUUUCCACUACGUUGUUUGGUAACGGAAUAAUGCGCUCUUAUCAUUGAAGCUUUUUCAAAUUAUUCAGUAAUGUUUAGGUAGACUCAUUCACGACAAGUUUAAACUAAGCCAACAAAGUUAGUAAGUGAUACUUUAAAUUAGGAUCUACAGUUGAAGUCUGUAAUAAAGCCCUUUUGUGGGGAAAAACUCAUUCUGAUUGGCUGGGCCUGGCUCCCCAGUGGGUGGGCCUGGCUCCCAAGUGGGUGGGCCCUCCCUGGGCCCUCCCAGGCCCACCCAUGACCCAUCCAUAAAUUAGGGCCUAAUUCAUUUAUGUCAAUUGACUGAUUUCCUUAUAUGAACUGUAAUUCAGCAAAAUCGUUAAAAUUGUAUAUUUCUGUUCAGUUGAAGUUGGAAGUUUACAUACACCUUAGCCAAAUACAUUUAAACUCAGUUUUUACACAAUUCUUUACAUUUAAUCCUAGUAAAAAUUCCCUGUCUUAGGUCAGUUAGGAUCACCACUUUAUUUUAAGAAUGUGAAAUGUCAGGAUAAUAGUAGAGAUAAUGAUUUAUUUCAGCUUUUAUUUCUUUCAUCACAUUCCCAGUGGGUCAGAAGUUUACAUACACUCAAUUAGUAUUUGGUAGCAUUGCCUUUAAAUUGUUUAACUUGGGUCAAACGUUUCGGGUAGCCUUCCACAAGCUUCCCACAAUAAGUUGGGUUCAUUUUGGCCCAUUCCUCCUGACAGAGUUGGUGUAACUGAGUCAGGUUUGUAGGCCUCCUUGCUCGCACACACUUUUUCAGUUCUGCUCACAAAUGUUCUAUAGGAUUGAGGUCAGGGCUUUGUGAUGGCCACUCCAAUACCUUGACUUUGUUGUCCUUAAGCCAUUUUGCCACAACUUUGGAAGUAUGCUUGGGGUCAUUGUCCAUUUGGAAGACCCAUUUGCGACCAAGCUUUAACUUCCUGACUGAUGUCUUGAGAUGUUGCUUCAAUAUAUCCACACAAUUUUCCUUUCUCAUGAUGCCAUCUAUUUUGUGAAGUGCACCAGUCCCUCCUGCAGCAAAGCACCCCCACAGCAUGAUGCUGCCACACCCGUGCUUCACGGUUGGGAUGGUGUGCUUCACGGUUGGGAUGGUGUUCUUCGGCUUGCAAGGCUUCCCCUUUUUCCUCCAAACAUAAAGAUGGUCAUUAUGGCCAAACAGUUCUAUUUUUGUUUCAUCAGACCAGAGGACAUUUCUCCAAAAAGUACGAUCUUUGUCCCCAUGUGCAGUUGCAAACCGUAGUCUGGCUUUUUUAUGGCUGUUCUGGAGCAGUGGCUUCUUCCUUGCUGAGUGGCCUUUCAGGUUAUGUCGAUAUAGGACUUGUUUUACUGUGGAUAUAGAUACUUUUGUACCUGUUUCCUCCAGCAUCUUCACAAGGUCCUUUGCUAUUGUUCGAUUGAUUUGCACUUUUCGCACCAAAGUACGUUCAACUCUAGGAGACAGAACGCAUCUCCUUCCUGAGCGUUAUGAUGGCUGCGUGGUCCCAUGGUGUUUAUACUUGCGUACUAUUGUUUGUACAGAUGAACGUGGUACCUUCAGGCGUUUGGAAAUUGCUCCCAAGGAUGAACCAGACUUGUGGAGGUCUACAAUUUAUUUUCUGAGGUCUUGGCUGAUUUCUUUUGAUUUUCCCAUGAUGUCAAGCAAAGAGGCACUGAGUUUGAAGGUAGGCCUUGACAUACAUCCACAGGUACACUUCCAAUUGACUCAAAUUAUGUCAAUUAGCCUAUCAGAAACUUCUAAAGCCAUGACAUCAUUUUCUGGAAUUUUCCAAGCUGUUUAAAGGCACAGUCAACUUUGUGUAUGUAAACUUCUGACCCACUGGAAUUGUGAUACAGUGAAUUAUAUGUGAAAUAAUCUGUCUGUAAACAAUUGUUGGAAAAAUUACUUGUGUCAUUCACAAAGUAGAUGUCCUAACGACUUGCCAAAACUAUAGUUUGUUAACAAAAAAUGUGUGGAGUGGUUGAAAAACGAGUUUUAAUGACUCCAACCUAAGUGUAUGUAAACUUCCGACUUCAACUGUAAUACUGCUUCAGAUAAAGUCCCCAUUUAUUGCAUCAAGGGUUUGAGAGGCAGAGCUCUGAACUGUCUCUAUGUUUCUUCAAAUAAUACUUUUACAUUGUUCUACUGUAUAUAAGUGUUUAGUUUAGUGGGAGUGUAGUGGUGCACAUCUGGACUGUAUCACUGCCCCUCAGUAGGUCUGUGUGAGAUCUGUUGGAGCUACAGCUGCCCUCUCCCAUCUCCUGCUGGGCUCACAGUACAGACAUAAUGUACAUUCUGUUCCAGGAACAGGUGGGCUCGUCAGGGAGCGCUAAGGGGAAUGGGAGGGACGCAAAAGGGACUGAAUGAAUACACCAUAUACUUACUGGAAGAUGUGUGGCAGCAUAGAAUGAAAAACACACAUGGAUGCAUGCGCAUGAACAAACACUUGUGCAGACACGGAACAUGCAGCUGUAUCAGAAAAGCUGUUCUGUGGUCAGUUAAUGGGAGGGUAGGCUAUACACUGUACACAUAUGGGGGUUGGUCUUGGAGUUUGCCCCCAGACCUGUGUUCUGUUGUUGGUAUAAUUUAACGCUGUGUGUGUGUGUGUGUGUGUGUGUGUGUGUGUGUGUGUGAUAAAGGAGGUAGCUGUGCCAGACGUGCUGUAUGAAGAGGUGAUUGAGGUCGAUGAGAGGGUUGUCCUUAGACAAGAUGGCUGCCAGCUACCCAGGAAAGAACCCAAGCGUAUUGUCACAGGUAACAGCACUACACAGGAGCAACUUCAUAACAUACAGUGCAUUCUGGAAAGUAUUCAGACCCCUUGACUUUUUCCACAUUUUGUUCCGUUACAGGCUUAUUCUAAAAUGGAUGAAAUAGUUUUUCCCCCUCAUCAAUACCCCAUAAUGACAAAGCAAAAACUGGUUUUUAGACAUGUUUGCAAAUCUGUGUUGUGGAAAUUACCACUAAGUCCUUUCCCUGAGAGCAGUCACAGAACAUCCUAACACAAUAACAAGAAACAAUACGCUACAUGUAGUCACGCAUUUGCAGAGACGCAGAGGACACAAAUAAUGUCCACUAAAUGUGUAAAAAUAAUUAAACUGAAAUAUAACAUUUACACAAGGAUUCAGACCCUUUACUCAGUACUUUGUUAAAGCACCUUUGGCAGCGAUUACAGCCUUGAGUCAAAUCGAGUCUUCAUCGGUAUGACGCUACAAAUCAAAUGAAAUCAAAAUGUAUUGGUCACAUGCGCCGAAUACAACAGGUGCAGACAUUACAGUGAAAUGCUUACUUACAGCCCUUAACCAACAGUGCAUUUAUUUUUUACAAAAAAAGUAAAAAUAAAACAACAACAAAAAAAGUGUUGAGAGAAAAAAAGAGCAGAAGUAAAAUAAAGUGACAGUAGGGAGGCUAUAUAUACAGGGGGGUACCGUUGCAGAGUCAAUGUGCGGGGGCACCGGCUAGUUGAGGUAGUUGAGGUAAUAUGUACAUGUGGGUAGAGUUAAAGUGACUAUGCAUAAAUAAUUAACAGAGUAGCAGCAGCGUAAAAAGGAUGGGGUGGGGGGGCAGUGCAAAUAGUCCGGGUAGCCAUGAUUAGCUGUUCAGGAGUCUUAUGGCUUGGGGGUAGAAGCUGUUAAGAAGUCUUUUGGACCUAGACUUGGCACUCCGGUACCGCUUGCCGUGCGGUAGCAGAGAGAACAGUCUAUGACUAGGGUGGCUGGAGUCUUUGACAAUUUUGAGGGCCUUCCUCUGACACCGCCUGGUAUAGAGGUCCUGGAUGGCAGGAAGCUUGGCCCCAGUGAUGUACUGGGCCGUACGCACUACCCUCUGUAGUGCCUUGCGGUCGGAGGCCAAGCAGUUGCCAUACCAGGCGGUGAUGCAACCAGUCAGAGUUUCUCCCAUUCUUCUCUGCAGAUCCUCUCAAGCUCUGUCAGGUUGGAUGGGGAGCGUCGCUGCACAGCUAUUUUCAGGUCUCUCCAGAGAUGUUCAAGUCCGGGGUUCUGGCUGGGCCACUCAAUGAUAUUCAGAGACUUGUCCCGAAGCCACUCCUGCUGUUCCUUGGCUGUGUGCUUACGGUCAUUGUCCUGUUGGAAGGUGAACCUUCGCCCCAGUCUGAGGUCCUAGUCUCCCAUUCCCUGCUAGGGAAAAACAUCCCCACAGCAUGAUCCUGCCACCACCAUGCUUCACCGUAGGGAUGGUCCCAGGAUUCCUCCAGACGUGACGCUUGGCAUUCAGGCCAAAGAGUUCAGUCUUUGUUUCAUCAGACCAGAGAAUCUUGUUUCUCAUGGUCUGAGAGUCCUUUAGGUGCCUUUUGGCAAACUCCAAGCGGGCUGUCAUGUGCCUUUUACGUAGGAGUGCGGCAGAGAUGGUUGUCCUUCUGGGAAGUUCUCCCAUCUCCACAGAGGAACUCUGGAGCUCUGUUGGAGUGACCAUCGGGUUCUUGGUCACCUCCCUGACCAAGGCCUUUCUUCCCCGAUUGCUCAGUUUGGCCGGGCGGACAGCUCUAGGAAGAGUCUUGGUGGUUCCAAACUUCUUCCAUUUAAGAAUGAUGGAGGCCACUGUGUUCUUGGGGACCUUCAAUGCUGCAUAAAUGUUUCCACACUAUGAGGUUGGAAUAAUAUUGUGAAAAUGAUGAUAAUGCCCUUUUAGUGUAAGAGCUGCUUGAAAAGACCUCCUGCAAUGUUUGGGUGGGAUAGAGUUUUGGCCUGCCUGGUGACAUCACCUCUCUGCCAAUAACAGCUGAUUUGAUUUGGUUUUGAGAUAAAAAGGGCUGCUUUGGGCCUUUUACCAUUAAGUCUACUACAAUAGACUGGAACAUUUUACAAUAAACAAAUUAUUACACAAAUUUACAGACUGAGAGUGCAGUAUUCUUGACCAUAUCCUGUAAGAUAUGGAAAUGAUAUACAGUUGAAGUCGGAGGUUUACAUACACUUAGGAUGGAGUCAUUAAAACUUGUUGUUCAACCACUCCACACAUUUCUUGUUAACAAACUAUAGUUUUGGCAAGUCGGUUAGGACAUCUACUUUGUGUAUGACACUACCUCCUGUAUCUCACACACACACACACACACACACACACACACACACACACACACACACACACACACACACACACACAGCGUUAAAUUAUACCAACAACAGAACACAGGUCUGGGGGCAAACUCCAAGACCAACCCCCAUAUGUGUACAGUGUAUAGCCUACCCUCCCAUUAACUGACCACAGAACAGCUUUUCUGAUACAGCUGCAUGUUCCGUGUCUGCACAAGUGUUUGUUCAUGCGCAUGCAUCCAUGUGUGUUUUUCAUUCUAUGCUGCCACACAUCUUCCAGUAAGUAUAUGGUGUAUUCAUUCAGUCCCUGUUGCGUCCCUCCCAUCCCCUUAGCGCUCCCUGACGAGCCCACCUGUUCCUGGAACAGAAUGUACAUUAUGUCUGUACUGUGAGCCCAGCAGGAGAUGGGAGAGGGCAGCUGUAGCUCCGACAGAUCUCACACAGACCUACUGAGGGGCAGUGAUACAGUCCAGAUGUGCACCACUACACUCCCACUAAACUAAACACUUAUAUACAGUAGAACAAUGUAAAAGUAUUAUUUGAAGAAACAUAGAGACAGUUCAGAGCUCUGCCUCUCAAACCCUUGAUGCAAUAAAUGGGGACUUUAUCUGAAGCAGUAUUACAGUUGAAGUCGGAAGUUUACAUACACUUAGGAUGGAGUCAUUAAAACUCGUUUUUCAACCACUCCACACAUUUUUUGUUAACAAACUAUAGUUUUGGCAAGUCGUUAGGACAUCUACUUUGUGAAUGACACAAGUAAUUUUUCCAACAAUUGUUUACAGACAGAUUAUUUCACAUAUAAUUCACUGUAUCACAAUUCCAGUGGGUCAGAAGUUUACAUACACAAAGUUGACUGUGCCUUUAAACAGCUUGGAAAAUUCCAGAAAAUGAUGUCAUGGCUUUAGAAGUUUCUGAUAGGCUAAUUGACAUAAUUUGAGUCAAUUGGAAGUGUACCUGUGGAUGUAUUUCAAGGCCUACCUUCAAACUCAGUGCCUCUUUGCUUGACAUCAUGGGAAAAUCAAAAGGAAUCAGCCAAGACCUCAGAAAAUAAAUUGUAGACCUCCACAAGUCUGGUUCAUCCUUGGGAGCAAUUUCCAAACGCCUGAAGGUACCACGUUCAUCUGUACAAAAAAUAGUACGCAAGUAUAAAUACCAUGGGACCACGCAGCCGUCAUACUGCUCAGGAAGGAGAUGCGUUCUGUCUCCUAGAGUUGAACGUACUUUGGUGCGAAAAGUGCAAAUCAAUCCCAGAACAACAGCAAAGGACCUUGUGAAAGAUGCUGAAGGAAACAGGUACAAAAGUAUCUAUAUCAAUAGUAAAACGAGUCCUAUAUCGACAUAACCUGAAAGGCCGCUCAGCAAGGAAGAAGCCAUUGCUCCAGAACCGGCAUAAAAAAGCCAGACUACGGUUCACAACUGCACAUGGGGACGAAGAUCGUACUUUUUGGAGGAAUGUCCUCUGGUCUGAUUAAACAAAAAUAGAACUGUUUGGCCAUAAUGACCAUCUUUAUGUUUGGAGGAAAAAGGGGAAGGCUUGCAAGCCGAAGAACACCAUCCCAACCGUGAAGCACGUGGGUGGCAGCAUCAUGCUGUUGGGGUGCUUUGCUGCAGGAGGGACUGGUGCACUUCACAAAAUAGAUGGCAUCAUGAGGAAGGAAAUGUAUGUGGCUAUAUUGAAGCAACAUCUCAAGACCUCAGUCAGGAAGUUAAAGCUUGGUCGCAAAUGGGUCUUCCAAAUGGACAAUGACCCCAAGCAUACUUCCAAAGUUGUGGCAAAAUGGCUUAAGGACAACAAAGUCAAGGUAUUGGAGUGGCCAUCACAAAGCCCUGACCUCAAUCCUGUAGAAAAUGUGUGGGCAGAACUGAAAAAGCGUGUGCGAGCAAGGAGGCCUACAAACCUGACUCAGUUACACCAGCUCUGUCAGGAGGAAUGGGCCAAAAUUCACCCAACUUAUUGUGGGAAGCUCGUGGAAGGCUACACGAAACAUUCGACCCAAGUUAAACAAUUUUAAAGGCAAUGCUACCAAAUACUUCUGACCCACUGGGAAUGUGAUGAAAGAAAUAAAAGCUGAAAUAAAUCAUUCUCUCUACUAUUAUUCUGACAUUUCACAUUCUUAAAAUAAAGUGGUGAUCCUAACUGACCUAAAACAGGGAAUUUUUACUAGGAUUAGAUGUCAGGAAUUGUGAAAACAUGAGUUUAAAUGUAUUUGACUAAGGUGUAUGUAAACUUCUGACUUCAACUGUAGAUAUGUUUCCUGAUCCAACUGAGGCACUGGCAAUGACAGAUAAGGAGAGCUGUUUCACCACAUACAGUUUUCAGAUGCAAAUUCCUCCACAGGAGUAUUCUCUCCUGUUUGUCAAGUUUAUGACUGGUUUGAGUGGUAACUGCUUGGGUUAAUAAUUUGCAUCCACACACACACACCUGUCCCUUACCUCUGCCCUGUGUCUCUGUCCUCCAGGCAGUACAGGGGACUCCCUGGAGGUGUGGCGUGAGCUGGACAUGCAGCGUGUGGAGGAGGACCUGAGAGGAGUCCUGUCCCGGGGGAUCAGCAGCCUGGCUGUUCUGCUGCUGCACUCCUACACGUCAGUAUACUGCCAGCCCAGGGAGCAAGAGUUUCUCCCACUUUACUAGCUUUAAAGAUUGUUGUUGGUGUGUGUGUGUGUGUGUGUGUGUGUCUAGUUGCUGGUGUCAGAUUGGGUGUUUUUCUUGGUGUGGGAUCACUGCGGUCUAUGUGGAAGGCCAUCAACAGUCAGUCUGAGAAUGGUAAAGGAAGACUGGGCCUCUUCUCUUUCACUGCACUUUUCUCCUGCCAUUUAGAAAGUUGAGUUUCUUGUGUAUUGACUUACAGGGUUCUUUCUACUCCCAGUUUCAAACUGUAAAGUAAUUAAAGUCGCUGGAUGUAAGUAUGAAAAUGUAUGCACUCACUAACUGUAAGUCGCUCUGGAUAAGAGCGUCUGCUAAAUUACUAAAAUGUAAGUACGGUGAGGGGAAAAAAGUAUUUGAUCCCCUGCUGAUUUUGUACGUUUGCCCACUGACAAAGACCUGAUCAGUCUAUAAUUUUAAUGGUAGGUUUAUUUGAACAGUGAGAGACAGAAUAACAACAACAAAAUCCAGAAAAACGCAUGUCAAAAAUGUUAUAAAUUGAUUUGCAUUUUAAUGAGGGAAAUAAGUAUUUGACCCCUCUGCAAAACAUUACUUAGUACUUGGUGGCAAAACCCUUGUUGGCAAUCACAGAGGUCAGAUGUUUCUUGUAGUUGGCCACCAGGUUUGCACACAUCUCAGGAGGGAUUUUCUCCCACUCCUCUUUGCAGAUCUUCUCCAAGUCAUUAAGUUUUCGAGGCUGACGUUUGGCAACUCGAACCUUCAGCUCCCUCCACAGAUUUUCUAUGGGAUUAAGGUCUGGAGACUGGCUAGGCCUCUCCAGGACCUUAAUGUGCUUCUUCUUGAGCCACUCCUUUGUUGCCUUGGCCGUGUGUUUUGGGUCAUUGCUGGAAUACCCAUCCACGACCCAUUUUCAAUGCCCUGGCUGAGGGAAGGAGGUUCUCACCCAAGAUUUGACGGUACAUGGCCCCGUCCAUCGUCCCUUUUGAUGCGGUGAAGUUGUCCUGUCCUCUUAGCAUAAAAACACCCCCAAAGCGUAAUGUUUCCACCUCCAUGUUUGACGGUGGGGAUGGUGUUCUUGGGGUCAUAGGCAGCAUUCCUCCUCCUUCAAACACGGCGAGUUGAGUUGAUGCCAAAGAGCUCGAUUUUGGUCUCAUCUGACCACAACACUUUCACCCAGUUCUCCUCUGAAUCAUUCAGAUGUUCAUUGGCAAACUUCAGACGGGCCUGUAUAUGUGCUUUCUUGAGCAGGGGGACCUUGCGGGCGCUGCAGGAUUUCAGUUCUUCACGGCGUAGUGUGUUACCAAUUGUUUUCUUGGUGACUAUGGUCCCAGCUGCCUUGAGAUCAUUGACAAGAUCCUCCCGUGUAGUUCUGGGCUGAUUCCUCACCAUUCUCAUGAUCAUUGCAACUCCACGAAGUGAGAUCUUGUAUGGAGCCCCAGGCCGAGGGAGAUUGACAGGUAUUUUGUGUUUCUUCCAUUUGCGAAAUAUCGCACCAACUGUUGUCACCUUCUCACCAAGCUGCUUGGCGAUGGUUUUGUAGCCCAUUCCAGCCUUGUGUAGGUCUACAAUCUUGUCCCUGACAUCCUUGGAGAGCUCUUUGGUCUUGGCCAUGGUGGAUAGUUUGGAAUCUGAUUGAUUGAUUGCUUCUGUGGACAGGUGUCUUUUUAUACAGGUAACAAGCUGAGAUUAGGAGCACUCCCUUUAAGAGUGUGCUCCUAAUCUCAGCUCGUUACCUGUAUAAAAGACACCUGGGAGCCAGAAAUCUUUCUGAUUGAGACGGGGUCAAAUACUUAUUUCCCUCAUUAAAAAGCAAAUCAAUUUAUAACAUUUUUGACAUGCGUUUUCUGGAUUUUUUUGUUGUUAUUCUGUCUCUCACUGUUCAAAUACCUACCAUUAAAAUUAUAGAUUGAUCAUUUCUUUGUCAGUGGGCAAACGUACAAAGUCAGCAGGGGAUCAAAUCAUUUUUUCCCUCACUGUACAUUAUGAAGGCACCUUCAGAACUCUCUGGCUUAAUGCCAUGUCUGAUAACCACAGAACACACAAGCUUUCAAUAGGAGGGAGUGCACUGAAAGGCUUUUCAAGAAAACAAUGUAUGAGUUAAUGAGUCAACUUUGCAGUUUGCCUUACAGUACUAUAUGUUGGACAGGAACAUAAUGGAAUGAAACUGAUGUGUGAGAUGACUCCUCCCUCUCUUUGUAUGUCAGGUGGUCUGCCCAUGAGAAGGCUGUUGGGUCAUUGGCGCGCAGGCUGGGUUUCAACCAGGUGUCCCUGUCCAGUGAGGUAAUGCCCAUGGUGAGGGCAGUGCCACGCGGGUACACCGUGUGCGCCGAUGCCUACCUCACACCUAAAAUCCGCCAGUACUUGAAAGGCUUCACCUCUGGCUUCAGAGGCGGACUGGAGGUUAGUCUGUGUUUUGUUAUAUUAGCAUAAUGUUAUGUAGCUGUAUUUACUGAGCACUCAUAGGUGUGCAGAGAGAUCAUGCUCUCACUCAGUCACAUUCUGUAUAGCUACACACCUUGAAAUGACUGCCUCUCUCAACCUCCUGGACUCCCUCCCCUCUCUCAACCUCCUGGACUCCCUCCCCUCGCUCAACCUCCUGGACUCCCUCCCCUCUCUCAACUUCCUGGACUCCCUCCCCUCUCUCAACCUCCUGGACUCCCUCCCCUCUCUCAACCUCCUGGACUCCCUCCCCUCUCUCAACCUCCUGGACUCCCUCCCCUCUCUCAACUUCCUGGACUCCCUCCCCUCUCUCAACCUCCUGUACUCCCUCCCCUCUCUCAACCUCCUGGACUCCCUCUCCUAUCUCAACCUCCUGGACUCCCUCUCCUCUCUCCUGUAGGGUGUGAGUGUUCUCUUCAUGCAGUCUGAUGGAGGUCUCACCCCCAUGGAGCAGUUCUGUGGGUCCCGGGCGGUGCUGUCUGGGCCUGCGGGGGGCGUGGUGGGCUACGCCAUCACCUCCUACAGCCAGACCGAGAACAAGCCCGUCAUCGGGUUCGACAUGGGGGGUGAGGAGGAGCACAGGAAGGAGUAUGAAAAAUGACCAGAAACGCGCCAAUACUACUGUUUGUACAUUUUGAGACUGCGUAGCCAGUGUACACUUCCUCAAAAGAGUCAGAAUUAAUCUAAUAUAACUCAAGAAAUCUGUGAUUCAUUUUGAAGUUUUUGCCAAGGAGAUGUUAGUCUAACUAAGAUGUUUGUUGCAGUAUUUCUCAAUGAAAAAAUAUGCAUGAAAACGAGUUGUCUCAUUGAAUGACAACAAAGACUUUAUUGAAGAAUCCCUACUGUUGACCAAUCACUGACGAAGGGGGGUAGACUUUAGCUACCGACUUCGGCUUGCCUCCAGAAAGAAAAUGGUGUGCCCGAACAGCCGAAAAAACCCUCACCGAAGUCCAAAACGAACAAAAACAUCACAAAAUGUCGUCAUAAUAAAUGCAUGAACUCUUCCAAACUAUUUUGGCUGGGAAGCAUUCAGACACCUUAAGGGGUUGUUGACUUUGAGAGAGUGGUGUGAACUAAAGGGUUAAAAAGGAAAGAAUCAUAGCAGGAAGCAUGAAACAGAAGAAUGGGGAAUGGUACUGAUUGAUGUUAGACAAAGGCUUCUUUGAAGCCCUUGAUGACUAAAUCCCACAUUAUUCGCUAAUACUGGGCUGAUGAAGUCCUAGCGUUCCAUCAUCUAGGGAAUAUACUGCUCUUGUAUACUCUUCAUGUCCCUAACAGCUACUCUGGGCUGCUCGUGCCCCCUUUAGGCACGUCUACAGAUGUGAGUCGCUACGCGGGUCAGUAUGAGCACGUGUUUGAGGCCACCACGGCCGGGGUCACCCUGCAGGCCCCUCAGCUAGACAUCAACACCGUAGCAGCAGGUGGCGGUUCCUGCCUCUUCUUCAGGUCAGUCAGGACAACAGGUUCACACACAGCAUGGUUCAAACACACCAGAAAUAUGGACUUUCAGCAUACUGUAUGUUUACAUAGACUUCACUGGACACAGUCUGUUGCUUGAAGGUCUGGGAAGUAAAAUAUAUAUUAUUUUCUCGUGUGUGUGUGUGAUUUAUGCUCAGACGGUUCUUCAAUAGCUAAACCAUUAACCCACAGUUACUGCCUAUGACGCUAGUAGACAAACAUUGGUUGGCAAUGUAUAACUUCCACAGGGAAUGACUGUGUAUGUGGUGGAAGUCAAUCUAGUCUACAGGGAGGGACAUUAUAGUCGUGACCUUACGAAUCUCCCCUCUUUGUCCCCAGGUCAGGAAUGUUUGUUGUGGGGCCAGAGUCUGCUGGUGCCCAUCCAGGACCAGCCUGCUACAGAAAGGGUAGGAAUACUGCCCCCCACCCCUUCGCUCGCUCGCUCGCUCUCUCUCUCAAUUCAAUUAAAUUCAAUAGACUUUAUUGACAUGGCAAGUUAAAUUACUUGCAUUGUCAAAGUAUACAUAUAACAAAAAUGGUGGGACCAACAGCAAUAAUAAUAAUAGUAGUAGUGGAAAUGGGAUUACCAUUAACAGCAACUACAACAACAAUAUUAAUGAGAAUAACAAUACAUUAAAGCAAUAGUAGUCGACCAGUCUCAACAUGACUGAGAAGACACAUUACAUGGUAUGAAAGCCAAAACAAAACAGGAAAUAUUUUUUGACAUUACAUUACACUUUUCACUGGCUGUCCCUCAGGUUUAGGCAGGAGGACACAUAUUUGGCUGCCAAAACUGCACAUUUAGGCUUUUCACCCAAUAAAUAUUUGAUUUAUUCUUCCUCUUUUUAUAGUUUCAAAUUCGUUGUACUGAAUGAUAAUUUUGGGAAAGAAAGAUUAUCUUAGGUCUGAGUAUUUGUCACAGUGUAAUAGGAAAUGCAGCUCUGUCUCUACCUCUCCCCGGGGGCAGAGUGAGCACAGCCUGUCCUCUCUGGGCAGCCAGGUUUGCCUGUGACGAUCGGUCUCUAUAGCCAGACUGUGCUCACUGAGUCUGUAACUAGUCAUUGUUUUCCUCAGUUUUCUAUCAGUCACAGUGGUCAGAUAGUCUGCCACCAUGUACUGUCUGUUUAGAGCCAAAUAGCAUUGAAGUUUACUUAGAUUUUUUGUGGUGUCUUUACAAUAGGUGAUAUAUUUCUAUUUUUGCUUUGUGAUGAUUUGGUUGAGUGCUGUCCUGAGGCUCAGUGAGAUUGGUUUUGGUUAGUGAACUUAGCCUCAGAACCAGCUGGCUGAGGGGACUCUUCUCUUGUUUCAUCUCUUGACAUAGUAGAGCUGUGUGAUGGAAUGUUUUGGGGUCACUUGUUUUUAGAUGGUUGUAAAAUUUGAUGGCUCUUUUUUCUAUUCGAAUAAGGAGGUGGUAUUGGCCCAAUUCUGCUCUACAUGCGUUAUUUUGAGUUUUUCUUUGCACUUGCAAUACAGUCUUGCAAAACUCUGCAUGGAGUAUUUCGAUUGGAUGUUUGUCCCAUUUGGUAAAUUCAGUAUUAGAGAGCGGACCCCAUACUUUGCUGCCAUAUAGAGCAAUUGGUUCUAUAACUGAUUGGAAAAUGUUGAGCCAGAUUCUAAUUGGAAUUUCGAUUUUAAUAUUCAUUUUAAUGGCAUAGAAUGCUCUUCUUGCUUUGUCUCUCAGCUCAUUCACAGCCAUGUGAAAGCUACCUGUGCUACCUGAUAUUUAGUCCUAGAUACGUGUAAUUUUUGGUGUGUUCUAAUAGAACUGUGUCCAAAUAUAAUUUAUAUUUGUCAUCCUGAUUUCCAGACCUUUUUUGGAAUAUCUCUCUCUCUCUGUCUCUCUCUGUCUCUCCUGUCUUCUGUCCUGUCUGUCUGUCUGUCUGUCUGUCUGUCUGUCCUGUCUGUCUGGUCUGUGUCGUCCUAUCUUUCUGUUGUCUGUCGUGUCUCUCUCUGUCUGUUGUCCUGUCUGUUGUAUCUCUCUUUCUGUCUGUCUGGUCUGUGGUCUCUCUAUUUCUGUCUGUAUGUCUGUGUCUCUUCUCUUUCUGUCUGUGGUAUGUGGUCUUCUCUUGCUUGUCUGUCUGUCGGUGUAUCUCUCUUUCCUGUCGUCUGUCUGUGUCUCUCUCAUUUCUGUCUUUCUGUCUCUCUAUUUCUGUCUCUCUCUUUGUCCUAUGCCGCUUCUGUUCUCUAUCUCUCUCUCUCUUCCUUUGUAAUCUCUGUCUUUGUCUAUCUGUCUCUCUCUCUCUCCUCUCUCUCUCUUCGUAUACUCACUGUCUAUUGUGAUAUCUCUAUCAUCUGUCUAUCUUCUCUCUUCUCUCGUGGUAUCUCUCUCUGUUGUGUCUCUCUCGUCCCUCUGUGUCUCUGUCUGUCGUCUCUCUCUCUCUCUCUCUCUCCCUCUCUCUCUCUCUCUAUCUGUCGGUCUGUCUAUGGGUCAUCUCUCUGUCUCUCUGCUGUCUCUCUGUCUCUGUCUCUCUCUCUCUGGUGUCUCUCUCUCUGUCUGUGUCUCUCUCUGUCUCUAUAUCUAUGUAUCUCCUGUGUAUAUCUCUCUGUAUCUCUCUCUGUGUCUUUGUCUCUGUUCUCUCUCUGUAUUCUGUCUCUCUCUCUCACUCUCUCUGGUCUCUAUCUGGUCUUGGUCUCUCCCUGGUUCAGGUCUCUGUCUCAUCUAUUGGUCUCUCUCUCUUUCUCUAUCUCUAUGUCUUUGUUCUCUCUCUUAUUGGAUAUCUCUGUCUAUAUAUUUUGUCUCGCUCUCUGGAUUUCUCUGGCAAGCUUGGAUGACGGGAAACGAGGGGGAUCAUCUCCCGCGAACGCGGUCUUUUUCUCUCCGAUAUGUCUCUAUUUGUGUUGGUCUACUCUCUCUUUAUGUCUCUCUCUCUCUGUAUUUGUCUCUGUCUUGUCUCUCUGUCCUUGUCUCUCUCUCUGUGUCUCUCUCUCUUCUCUCUCUGUUCUGUGUAUCUCUCUGUCUCUGUAUGUCUGUUUGUCUAUCUAUGUCUCUCUCUGUAUCUGUCUCUCUCUGUCUCUGUGUAUCUCUGUUAUGUGUAUCUCCUCUCUCUGUCUGUUCUCCCCGUUCUCUUUGUCUUAUGUCUUUGUCUAUGUCUCUCUAUCUCCUGUUCUGUCUCUGUCUCUUGUCUAUUGUUUCUCUGUCUCGUGUCUCUCUCUCUUCUCUCUGUGUGCUCUCUCUAUGUCUUUGUUCUCUCUCUCUUGUCUUUGUCUCUCUCUCGGUCUCUCUCUCUGUCUUGCUAGUCUGUGUCUCUCUCGCACUCUAUGGAUCUCUCUAUUCUCUUCCUCCUACUCCCUCUUCUCUCUCUCUCUCUCUCUCUCUCUCUCUCUCUGUCUUUGUCUCUCUGUCUCUCUCUCGCUCUCGGGUUCUUCUCUGUGUUUCCUCUAUCUGUGUCUCUCUCUUGUCUUUCUUGUCUCUAUUCUCUAUUGUCUACGUCUUUUCUAUCUUGUCUUCUCUCUCUCUUUUCUGUAUCUCUUCUCUCUCUGGUGUUGUCUAGGUCUGUCACUAUAUGUCUUGGUGUCUCUAUGUUGGCGGUUGUGGUUUGGUCUCUGUUUCUCGUCUUUGUCUCUCUGUGUCUUUGUCUCUCGUGUCUCUGUCUCUCUCUUUGUCUCUCUCUUCUGUCUUCUCUCUCUGUCGUGUAUAUCUCGUUGUCGUCUCUCUAUAUCUGCUCUCUCCGUAUCUGUAUCUUCUCUCUCUAUGGUCUAUCGGUCUCUCUGCCGGUCUCUGUAUAUCCGCUCUUGUCUGUCGCUCUCGCCUCGUCUUCUCUUCUGUCUCUCUAGCUCUGUCUCUCUCGCUACUUCUCUUCUCCGCUCUCGCGCUCUCUUCUUGUCUGUUUCUCGCCUCUCUCUGUCUGUCUGUCUGUCCUCUCUUCUCCUGUCUUGUUCUCUCUCUCUGUCUCUCUCUAUCGUCAGUUCUCUCCUCUGUCUCUCUUCGUCUGUAUCGCUCACUCUGUCUCUCUAUCGCUCUGUCUCUCUCUCGCUCUCGCGCUCUGUCUCUCUCCUCGCCUUCUCUCCUUGUAUCCCGUCUGUCUCUCUCUCUUCCUAUUUCGAAUACCGCUCUGUACUGUCUCUCUCUCCUAGCUCUGUCUGUUUCUCGCGCUCUAUCGCUCUGUCUCUCGCUCUCUCGCUCGGUCUCCUCUCGCCUCUGUCUAUAGCUCUCUCUUCGUCUCUCCUCUCUCUUCGCUCUGUCUGUCUCCUGUCUCUCUCGCUCUGUCUCUCUCUCGCUCGCUUCCUUUCGUUCUCAUUGCUCUCUAUCUCUCGCUCUCUUCGCUAUGUCUUCUCGCUCUGUCUCUCUCGUCUCUCUCGCUCUGCUCUGUGUAUCUCUCGCUCUGUCUCUGUCUCUCUCGCUCUCUAGCUCUGUCUCGGUCUCUCUCGCUUCUCGCCUCUGUCUCUGUCUCUCUCGCUCUGUCACUCUCGCUCUGUCUCUAUUCACUCCGUAUGUAUGUCUCUCUCUAUGUCUCGUCGUCUCUCUCUCGCUCUGUCUGUCUCUCUAUCGCUCUGUCUGUUAGCGCUAUUGUCGUUCUCGCUCUGUCUUUCCUUAGCUCUGUCUGUCUCUCCGGCUCUUAUCGCUCUGUCGUCUCUUCUCUUCUCGCUUGUCUGUUCUAUUCUCUGCUCUGUCUUUGUCUCUCGCUCUCGCUCUGUUCUGUUUAUCGCUCUGCUGUUAUUCGCUCUGUCCUGUCGUCUCGCUUUCUGUCUGUCCUCUAGCUCUCCGCUCUGUCUGUCUCCGCUCUGGCGUUUUUCUCGGCUCUUGGGAUCUCUCUCUCGUCUCUCUAGUACUCCUGUCUGUCUCUUCUCGCGUCCUGUCGUUCUCUGACCUCGCUCGCUUGUCUAUCGCUAUGUUCUGUCUCGCUCUCGUUUCCCUCGUCUCGCUCGCGAUCUUGUUGUCUACGCUCUGUCGUUCCUCGCUCUGUCUGUUCCGCUCUCCGCUCUGUCUCUAUCGCUCUUGAGCUCUGUCUAUCUCGCGCUGUUCUAUCGCUCUCUCGCUCUGUCUCUCUCGCUUGUUCUCUCUCUUCUCGCUCCCUUCGCCUUUUUCUUGUCUCUCUUCUCUUGUCGCUCUCGCUCGUCUCUGUUCUCCUCUCGCUCUGUCUCUGCCUCUCUCGCUCUCUAGCUCGGUCUCUUCUCUCUCGCUCUGUCGCUCUGUCUGUGUCUCGCUCUGUCUCCUCUCGCUCUGCUGUCUCUCUCUCGCAUCUGUCUGUCUCUCUCGCUAUGUAUGUCUCUCUUCGCUCUUCUGUCUUCUCUCGCUCUGUCCGUCUCGCUCUCGCUCUGUCUGUCCUCUUAGCUAGUCUGUCUCUCGCUCUCGCUCUGUUAGUCUCUUCGCUCCUCCGCUCUGUCUGUCUUCGGCUCUCUCGCUCUUGUCUGUCUACGCUCACUCGCUCUGUCGUCUCUCCGCUAUCGCGCUGUCAUGUCCUCGCUCCUCUAGCUCUGUCUGUUCUCGCUCUGUCUGCUUCGCUUAGGUCUCUCUCGAUAUAUCUCGCCUUCUGUAUCUCUCUAUCUCUCGCACCCCCCCUUGUAUAUCUCUUUAUGUCUAUUCUCUCGUCUCGCUCUGUUCUCGAUAGUCUCCUCUAUCGCUUCUGUCUCUCUCUCGAUUCUGUCUCUCUCGCUCUGUUCUCUCUCUCUUCGCUCGUCUCUUCUCUAUCUCAGAUCUGUCUGUCGAUAUCGGCUCUGUCUGUAGCUUCUGCUCUGUCUGUGCUCUCUCUCUGUCUCUCUUCGCUACUGUAUGUCUUCUCGCUCCUGUCUGUCUGUCUCUCUCUCUCGCUCUGUCUGUCUCUAGCUUAUGUUCUGUCUCAGCUCUGUGUCUCUCUCUCUCUCGCUUCUGUCUCUCUCGCCUAGGUCUCUCUCUCUAGCUUGUAUCUCUCUCUCGAUCUCUUUCCGCUCUAUCGACUAUGUCUCUCUCUCGCGCUCUGGCUCUCUGUCUCUCUAUCGUUGGCUCUCUGUCUCUUCUCGCUCUGUCUCUCUGUCCUCUCGCUUAGUCUUCGUCUCUCCUCUCUCGCUUCUGUGUCAUCUCUCGCUCUGUCUCGGUCUCUCUCUCUCGCUCUGGCUCUCGGUCUAUCUCUCCUCGCUCUGUGGCUCUCCGAUCUCUUGCUCGAUGUGUCUCUUCUCAUCUGUGGAAUAGAGCUGUUUCCCUUUUCUCCCCGACACCAGAUUUCUGUCCUGAAACGUUCCACUGGAGUUAAUGAAAAUGUACAGACCAUCUUUAACAUCGUACAGCACAAAACUUUUUUCCCUUGUCUGGUUCCCUUUUCCAACCCCUCUCUAGAUUCGCAUGGUGUGGCCAAGGGAUAGGUUUAUACAAGUUGGAAGAAAGUCGUAACUCACCAAUUCCAAACACGAAAGGAAAUUAGUAAAACAACAGCUCUACAUACAGCUCUAGUGAAGUAGUAAAACCUACAAAACCAUGUUGUGUUCUCCUGCUACUGUUGGUAUGGUAUGCCCCUGCUACGUUUGUAUGGUCUAUGCCUCCCUGCUAUGUUGGUAUGGUAUGCCUCCUUGCUUGGUGGUUUUAUGGCUAUCGCCUCCCUGGUAUGUUGGUAUGGUAUGCUCCGAUACUGUUGGCUAUGGAUGCCCUGCUACUGUUUGGUAUGGUAUGUCAUGUUAAUGUGUAUUGUAUGCCUCCUGCUACUGUUGGUAUGGUAUGCCUCCUGCUACUGUUGGUAUGGUAUGCCUCCUGCUAUGUUGGUAUGCUUGCCUCCGCUACCCUGUUGGCCUUGGUAUGCCUCGCUACUGUUGGUAUGGUAUGCUCCCCUGGAUAUGUUGGUAGGUAUGCCUCCGCUACUGUGCGGAUGGUAUGCCGCGGCUCUGUUGGUAUGGUAUGCCUCCUGAUACUGUUGGUAUGGUUGCCUCAUUCUACCCGUUGGUACUUAAUAUGUUUUAUGCCUCCAUGAUACUUGUUGGUAUGGAUGCCUCUUGCUUACUGUGUAUUCUUUAGGAUGCACUCCGUAGGCCUUGAGUAUGGUAUGCAUCAUGCUAUGGUUGGUAUGGUAGGCCCUCCUCCUUGCUAGGUGGUAUGGUAUGACUCAUGUACUGUUGGUAAGGGUAGAAUCUGUACUGUUGGUAUGGUAUGCCUAGAUACGUUGCCUAUUGGUAGCCUAAUGAUCCUCUGCGUGUGGUAUGGUAUGCCUCCUGCUAUGGUUGUGUGGAAGUGUGCUAUUUAUAGUAUUGCCUACAUUAUGAACACUUAUGCUUUGGUAAUACUGCACAGAAGACAUCAAUCUGUGAGUUGUAGAGUGUGAUCAAAGGCCUGGUGUAAUGUUUAGGUAUUCCUAUAUGAUCUUCAUAGGUGGUCCUCUGACGGUGACGGAUGCCAACCUGGCUCUGGGCCGCCUGCUCCCCUCCUUCUUCCCCAGGAUCUUUGGUCCAGGAGAGGACGAGCCUCUGUCCAGCGAGGAAACCAUGGAUCACUUCCACCAGCUCACCCGCGAGAUCAACCACUUCCUCUCCACCAACCAAUCCCAGAGCAGCGCCAACGGAUGCGGCCAUUCAAACAGCAGGGUCAUGAGCGGCAAAUCAGAGAUGAGCAUGGAGGAGGUUGCUAUGGGUUUCAUCAGAGUGGCCAACGAGGCCAUGUGUCGUCCAAUCAGAGCACUGACACAGGUAUUGAUGGGAGGGAUUAUGUUGAUGUAUUUCUUGUUUGUGUAGUAUGGUGGUGUUGUUUCACUAGGGACAUGCUUAGUUGAAACACUUUAACAUUCAAAAUGAGCAAUGGAGUUUGUUAUUAGACUACAGCAGCAGAGUUUGGUUUUAUUCUAAUUCUUUGUAAGUUAUUUUUAAUUUCUUUGUAUUAUACCCCCUUUUUCGUGGUAUCCAAUUGGUAGUACCGUCUGUCCCAUCGCUGCAACUCCCGUAGGACACGGGAAGAGGCGAAGGUCGAGAGUUGUUCGUCCUCCGAAACACAACCCAAACUAGCCGCAUGCUUCUUUGACACAGUUGCCCGCUUAACCCGGAAGCCCAGCCGGUAACACCGUACACUGGCGAACGAGUCAGCGUGCACUGCGCCCGGCCCGCCACAGGAGUCGCUAGUGCAUGAUGAACAUCCCUGCCGGCCAAACCCUCCCCUACCCUGGACGGCGCUGGGCCAAUUGUGCGCUGCCCUAUGGGUCUCCCGGUUGCGGCGGCUGCAACAGAGCCUGGAAUAACCAGGAUCGCUAGUGACACAAGCUAGCACUGCGAUGCAGAGCCUUAGCCACGCGCCAUCGGAGCUAUGGCAGUGGAGUUUGAUUAUUAGACUACAGCAGUGGAGUUUGAUAUGAGACUACAGCAGUGGAGUUUGAUAUGAGGACUACAGCAGUGGAGUUGAUAUGAGACUACAAGCAGUGGGAUCGCUUUGAUAUGAGGACUACAGCAGCGGAGUUUGAUAUUGAGGACUACAGCAGAUGGAGUUUGAUAUUAGAUCCUACAGCAGUGGAGUUGAUAUUAGACUACAGCAAGUGGAGUUUGAUAAUUAAGACUACAGCAGUGGAGUUUGUAUGCGCCUUACAGCAGUGGAGUUUGACUCUAUGACGGGAAGUACAGAGUGAGUUUGAUAUUAAAUUACUCAGCUACGUGGAGUUUGAUAUGAGUAUACCAGCAGUGGAGUUUGAUAUGAGACUACAGCAGUGGAGUUUGAAUGAGACUACCAGCAGUGGAGUUUGAUAUUAGAACUACAGCAGUUGGAGUUUUGAUAUGAGACUACGAAGGGGGUUUGAAAAUUAGACUACAGCAUGAAGUUCAUUUGAUAUGAGAAUACAAGCAGUGGAGUCUGAUAUUAGAAACAGCAGUGGAGUUUGAGAUGAGACUGACAGCAGUGGAAGUUUGCAUUAUUCUUGAGACUACAGCAGGGAACGUUUGAUUGACACAGGCAGUACUGAGUUUGAUAUGAGGACUAACAGCAGUGGAGUGGAUAUUAGACUAAGCAGUGGAUGUUUGAUUAAAACUAGCAGUGGAGUUGAUAUUAAACUCAGCAUGUGAGUUUGAUCCCCUUAAACUACAGCAGUGGGUUUUGAUAUUAGACUACAGCAGUGGGUUUGAUAUUAGACUUUACGGUCAGUGGAGUUUUUGAUUUAGGGACUACCAGCAGUGGAGUGAGAUUAGACUACAGCCAGUUUGGAGUUGGAUAUGAGACUUACCCGCAGUGGAGUUGAUAUGAGACUUACAGCAUGUGGACGUUUGAUAUUAAAAUUACCAGCAUUGGAGUUUUGAUAUGAGACACAGCAGUCGGAGUUUGAUAUGACGACCUACAGCAGUGGAGUUUGACAUAUGAUGACUACAGAGUGGACGUUCUGCUGGAGUUUGAUAUGAGACUACACAGUGGAGUUGACUAUGAGAUACAGCGUGGAGUUGAUAUGAGACUACAAGCAGUGGAGUCUGAUAUUAUGAGACUACGCAGUGGGUUUUCGAUCCUGAGACUACAGCAGGGGAGGCUUGAUUUCGAGACUACAGCAGUGGAGUUGAUAUUAGAUACAGCAUGUGUUUUGAGUCCUUCGCUUUUAGACUACACCGCAGUGGAGUUUGAUAUGAGAAUACAGCUAGUGGAAUUUUGUGAUAUUUGGAGACUUACAGCAGUGGAGUUUGAGUAUGAGACUACAGCAGUGGGAGUUGAUUGACUACAGCAGUGGGAGUUUGAUAUUUAAAAUACAGAGCAGUUGGAGUGUUGUAUGAGACUACAGCCGUGGGUUUGAUAUGUAGACUACAGCAGCCUGGAGUUUGAUCAGACUACAGCAGUGAGACGUUGAUAUGAGAAUAAGCAGUGGAGUUUGAUAUGAGACUACAGACAGUGGGUUUGAUAUUAAAACUACAGCAGGUUCUGGAGUUUGAUAUGACGACUCCUUCUUACAGAAGGGAGUUGAUAUUUUAGACCAACAGCAGUGGAGUUGGACUUCCCUAGGGACUCUUUACAGCAGUGGAGUUUGAUAUUAUAAACUACAGCGUGGAGUUUGAUUAUUAUUAAACUAAGCAGUGGUCUACGGGUGUAUAUUAACACUAAGCAGUGGAGUGGAGUUUUGAUAUAGACGUACAGCAGUGUCGGAGUUGAUAUUAGACUACAAGCUUAGUGGAGUUUGAUCAGUAGUGACUACUAGCCACGUGGAGUUUGAUAUUAGACUAAAGCAGUGGUAGUUUGAAUAUGAGACUACUACGCAGUGGAGUUUGAUAUGAACCUACAGAAGUGGAGUUCUGAUAUGACGGAUCUACAGCCAAGUCGGCAGGCGCCUGAGUUGAUAUGGCGAAUACAGCAGUGGAGUUGGAUAUGAGACUACCAGCCAGUGGACGUUGAAUGGAGACUACAGCAAGUGGAUGUUAUGCAUAUGAGACUACAGCGUGGUAGUUUGUGAUUUGAGACUACAGCAGUGGAUGUUUUGAUAUUAGACUACCAGCAUUGGGCGUUUGAUAUUAGACCCCUACAGCAUGUGGAGUUUGAUAUUUAGUACUUACAGCAGUGGAGUUUGAUAUUAUUUUUUCUGACUUACAGCAGUGGAGUUUUGUUAUGCGAACUACAGAUAGUGGAGUUGGACUUGAGACUUACAGCUGGUGGAGUUUGAUAUGAGCCAUACAGCAGUGGAUUUUUGUUUGAUAUGAGACUUACGCAGUGGAGUUUGAUAUGAGACUACGCCGUGGAGUUUACUCUGAGAAUACAGCAGUGGAGUUUGAUAUGAGACUACAGCAGCUGGACCCGCUUUGAUUUGGAGAUAAAUAGAGUGGAGUUUUGAUAUUAGCACUACAGCCAGUGGAGUUUGAUAUGAGACUACAGCUGUGGAUGUUUGAUCUUAUCAUUUGACUACAGCAGUGGGAUGUUGUGACUUUAUCCUAUUUAUUUACAGCCGUGGAGUUUGAUAUGAGACUACAGUAGUGGGAGUUGAGAUGAGGAUACAGCAGUGGCGCCACGUUUGAUAUUUAAAGACUACAGCAGUGGAGUGUGAUAUGAGACCCCUACAGCAGUGGAGUUUGAUAUGAGAUUUUUACAGCAGUGGAGUUUUUUUUUUCCUUCCUGAAUAUGAGACUACAGACUUACGUGGCGUUUGAUAUGAGACAGCAGAAGUGGAGUUUUGAUUUUAAUUAGACUUUCACCCACAAAAAGCCAGUGGAGUUUGAUAUGGACUCAGGCAGGGACCCCCCCUCCCUUCCCCCCUCUCUUUUCUUUCUCCCCACUCCCCUAUCCCCUCCCCCCCCCCCUCCCCCCCUUCCCCCCCCCCCCCCCCCCUUCCCCCCCUCCCACCUCUCCCCCCCCCUCCUCUUCCCCCCCCCUUUUCUCCCCUUUCUCUUUCCACCCCUUUUUUUUCUCCUCUCUUUUUUUUUUUUUCUUGCCUUCGUUGGAUAUGAGACACAAGCAGUGGACUUUGAUAUGAGACUCACAAGCAGUGCGAGUUUGAUAUGAGACUACAGCAGUGGAGUUUGGUGAUAUAGAUUUUACAGCGUGGAGUUUGAUACUUAAACACAGCAGUGGAGUCUGAUAUUCAAACUACAGCGUGGGGUUGAUAUUACCCAAUUACAAGCAGUGGAGUUUUUUUGAUAUGAGACUACAGCGUGGAGUUUGAUAUCUAACUACCAGCAGUGGAGCUUGGAUAUUAGACUACAGCAGUGGAGUUUGAUAUUAGAAUUAAAGCAGUGUGGAGUUUGAUAUGAGACUCACCCCCCAGCAGGUGGAGUUGAUAUGAGACUACAGCAGUGCGGUUGUCAUAUUAAACUACAGCAGUGGGUUUGAUAUUGAUGGUCACUACAGACUAUGUGACGUUUGAUAUGAGAACUACAGCAGUGGAGUUUGAUAUGAGACUACAGCAGUGAGGUUUGAUAUGAACUACAGCAGUGGAGUUUGAUAUGAGACUACAGCAGUGGAGGUUGAUAUGAGGGACUACAGCAGUGGAGUUGAGAUAUGAGACUACAGCAGUGGAGUUGAUUUGAGACUACAAGCAGUGAGUUGAUAUGGAGGACUACAGCAGUGGAGUUUGAUAUGACUACAGCAGUGGGAGUUAGAUUAAACUCAGCAGUGAGUGAUAUUAGACUACAAGCAGUGGAGUUGAUAUUAGACUUACAGCAGUGGAGUUUGAUAUUAGACUACGCAGUGGAGUUGAUAUUAGAUACAGCAGGGGUGUCAAACUCAUUUUAGCUCAGGGGCCACAUGGAGGAAAAUCUAUUCCCAAGUGGGCCGGAACCGGAAAAUCAUGGUAUAUAUAACUUAAAAACAACAACUUCAGAUUGUUUUAAUACGAUCAACAUACAACAUAAAGCUGGAGCCUGAGGACGUGUGUCCAAAAUAGUACAAGCACAACAUCACUAUUAAUCAUAAAACACGUCAAGUUUAUUUGAAAAUUCUAAAGAAAAAGAACACACAAACACACAAUGCCUCAGUGAUUAACAGAACUGUUUCACAGAUCACAUAACUAUAUCAGGGUGUCAUUUCUCAGGCAGAAAUGUAGAUAAAAAUAAUGAAAUCCUGUUCCCCAAACAAGUGCAAGAACCACAGAGUCAAGAAUAGGUUAAAUAUACAAAUAAAAUAAAUCAAUUAAAAACAUAGCACAUCAACAUAAAAACAUAUAAACAUAAAUCUGAAAGCGUUGCUCAAACUCCCGUAACAGUCCAGUUAUUUUAUCUUUGAACCGCUUCAUGUCUGCCACAUGUUGGGUCGCGCACACAUUUUUCAGACAGGGGAAGUGAGCUGCAUCACCACCGGCAAGUUGCGUCUCCCACAAUGACAGCUUCAACUUGAAAGAACAUAUGCUGUCAUAAUACUGCGUGACAACUUUGUUGCGCCCUUGCAGCUGUUUGUUCAAGUUAUUCAGGUGCUCUGUAACAUCCACCAUAAAUGCAAGGUCCGGCAUCCAUUCUGCGGAAUGAAAUUCUAACACUGGUUUGCCCUUUUCUUCCAUGAACUGUUCAAUUUCUUCUCGUAAAUCAAAGAAACGCCUCAGCACAGCACCUCGGCUUAACCAUCUUACCUCAGUGUGGUAUGGCAGGCCAUAGAUGUGGUCUUUCUCUCUGAGAAGGCUGUCAAACUGACGGUGAUCAGGCUUCUGGAUCGGAUGAAAUUAACAGUUUGGAUGACCACCUUCAUGACGUUAUCCAUCUUUAAUGACUUGCAACACAAAGCCUCCUGGUGCAAAAUACAGUGAAAAGUCAAAAAAUCACGUCCUCCAUUUGCAGAUUGCACUUUCUCUCUGAACUUUGUCACAACGCCUGCUUUUUUCCCGAUCAUUGAGGGCGCACCAUCUGUAGCCAGGCUGACAGCGCGGGACCAGUCCACUCCGACCCUGUCCAGCGCGCCGACGAGUGCGGUAAAAAUAUCAGCUGCUGUCGUUGUAUCUGUCAUCGGCACCAACUCCACGAACUCCUCGGUGACGGUCAAUGUGUCAUCAACUCCGCGGAUGAAAAAAUGGCCAGUUGUGCAACAUCUGUAAUGUCCGUGCUUUCAUCAAUUGCAACCGAAAACGCAAUAAAUGACUUUACUUUUUGCUUCAACUGGCUGUCCAAAUCCACUGAAAGAUCGGAAAUCCUGUCUGCAACUGUGUUUCUUGUCAGGCUGAUAUUUGCAAAAGCCUGCCGCUUUUCAGGGCACACAAUCUCCGCUGCCUUCAUCAUGCAUGUUUUUACAAAUUCACCCUCACUAAAUGGUUUUGAAGCCACUGCGAUUUCAUUAGCAAUGAGGUAGCUAGCUUUCACUGCAGCGUCACUGAUGUCUCGGCUGUGAGUAAACACAGACUGCUGUUUCUUCAGACCCGCCAACAGUUCAUUCACCUUCUCUCAUCUCCGCUGUCCUUGAAAGUUGUCAUAUUUGUCGGCAUGAAGACUCACAUAGUGGCGACGAAGGUUAUAUUCUUUCAGCACUGCAACAUGCUCUGAACACACCAAACAUACAGCUUUCCCAUUCAAUUCCGUGAUUAAAUAGGAUGACAAUUUUUCUUGGAACACUGCACUCUGCGUCCACUUUUCUCUUUUUUGACAGAGACAUAUUGGGGCAAUGAGGGUGCCAAAGCACAUAAUGUUAAAAGUAGAAGCCGUAAUAAAUAUCGCGGGCAAAACAAAGUAGCUCAUUGGCUGCACGUGCUUGACCUACUUGCUCUGCCCCGGUAUAAACAGUUUGCUUGCUUAACACAAUUGCUAUUGCGCCAUCCAGUGGACGCAAUUGGAACAGCAGUUUACUUUAUUGAAAAAUUGCAGCACAUUUUUAUACUUAAAAAAUAUAUAUAUCAUCUCGCGGGCCGGAUUAAACCCGUUUGCGGGCCUGAUCCGGCCCGCGGGCCGUACGUUUGACACCCCUGGACUACAGCAGUGGAGUUUGAUAUUAGACUACAGCAGUGGAGUUUGAUAUUAGACUACAGCAGUGGAGUUUGAUAUGAGACUACAGCAGUGGAGUUUGAUAUGAGACUACAGCAGUGGAGUUUGAUAUGAGACUACAGCAGUGGAGUUUGAUAUGAGACUACAGCAGUGGAGUUUGAUAUUAGACUACAGCAGUGGAGUUUGAUAUUAGACUACAGCAGUGGAGUUUGAUAUGAGACUACAGCAGUGGAGUUUGAUAUGAGACUACAGCAGUGGAGUUUGAUAUUAGACUACAGCAGUGGAGUUUGAUAUUAGACUACAGCAGUGCUCUGAUGUUGCAGAUAAUCCACCAUUCCAUGUUGAACAGGAGUUUCUGCUGCUUUUUCCAAAGACAUUCUCUCUCGCUCUCUGUCUCGCUUGCUCGCUCUCUCUUGCUCUUUCUCGCUCUCUCUCCCCUCUCUCACUCUCUCUCUCUCCCCUCUCUCAAUCUCUCUCUCUCUCUCUCCGCCUCUCUCAAUCUCUCUCUCUCUCCGCCUCUCUCAAUCUCUCUCUCUCUCUCCGCCUCUCUCAAUCUCUCUCUCUCUCUCUCCGCCUCUCUCUCUCUGUAGGCUAAGGGACAUGACACCUCUCAGCAUGUGUUGGCAUGUUUCGGCGGAGCAGGUGGGCAACACGCGUGUGCCAUCGCACGAGCUUUAGGAAUGAAGACCGUCUUCAUACACAAGUGAGUCCUGUUGCCUGUGUACACAUGUUUGUAUGUCUGAGUAGUACGUGUGUGAGUUUAGUACACAGGUGUUUGUGUAUUCCAAAGAGGGACAGGUGGAGAAGGAGAAAGUGGGGGUGAGCGAGAGAGGUUGGCAUGAAAAUGCUAGGCUUGUGUUUGGCCAGGGAAAACGGGUGCCUAGAUGGUUCUUGGCUCCUUUCGCUAUAUCAUUUGACAGUUUGAUCCGUUACUGUACAUUUUACAUUGACAUUUUAGUCAUUUAGCAGACGCUCUUAUCCAGAGCGACUUACAGUUAGGGCUUUCAGCUAGGUGGGACAACCUCAGUCAUAGUAAGUACAUUUUCCUCAAUAAAGUAGCUAUCAGCAAAGUCCGUGCUAAUAGGGGGGAAAAGUCAAGUUCGAGUGUUAGUAGAAUCUUAUUCAAAAUGAUUCACAGCUGUAAUGGCUGCUGAAGGUGCUUUCACCAUGUAUUUACUCUGGGGUGUAAAGACAUACACAAUGAAGACAUCUUCAUUUCUUUAUUCUCUAUAACUUUCUUUCACUUUGUAAAUGUGGAGUAGGCAUUUUAUCUGUCUGAAAAGAAAUCUAAUUGAAUCCCUUUUUAGAUCAACAUUUUAAGGGGUGUGUAGACUUUCACUAGGCACUGUGUAUUAUUGUGUUUAAGUUGGCGUUAAGUACAUUUCCCAUCUCUCACCCUUAGAUGCAAUUAGUGGUGAGCGAUUCGUACUUUUUAAAGUCGGUUCGGUUUCGGUUUGAUUAGAAAAAAAUCACAGUUUUCGACUUCGGUUUCAGAAUGAUUUGAUUUCUCUCUAGAGAAACAGCGCGUUGGGCUCACAAAAACCCAGAACUAAAUGGAAUUCAAGUAACUGAACCGACGUCGGUCAAUUAGUUGUUUAAUUACAACAACAACAAAAAUAAUUGGUUAAUCGCUGAGCACUAGAUGAAAUAAAACUCCAUGUUCUUCCUGCUUCACUUUGGGUGUUACACAAGUUUAUUGAAAACUAAAAUAGUACAUCUCUCCAUCUAACCCUCUCUCUGUCUCUCUCCCUCCCAGGUACAGUGGUGUGUUGUCGGCCUACGGCCUGGCGCUGGCUGACGUGGUGGAGGAGGUCCAAGAGCCGUGCUCUCUGCAGUACAACCCUCGCUCCUUCUCGGAGCUGGACUGCAGGGUGGACCAGCUGACCAAGCGCUGCACAGAGACCCUGAGAGACCGCGGCUUCAGCAGGUCAGACACAACACACAUAUGAGCACUCACACACACACAAACAUUUACGCAUGCACACACACACACACUCUUAUCAAUCGUCCGGGUUCUAUAAUUAAGCAAUAAGACCCGAAGAGGUGUGGUAUAUGGCCAGUAUACCACAGUUAAGGGCUGUUCUAAUGCAUGACGCAACGUGGAGUGCCUGGAUACAGCCAUUAGCCGUGGUAUGUUGGCCAUAUACCACAAACCUCCGAGGUGCCUUAUUGCUAUUAUAAACAGGUUACCAACGUAAUUAAAACAGUAAAAAGUAAUUUGGGUCAUACCCAUGGUAUAUGGUCUGAUAUACGACAGCGUUCAGCCAAUCAGCAUUGAGGGCUCAAACCACCCCGUUUAUAAUUAAGAAUGAACUCAUGCUUUCGUGUCUCUCUUUCUCUCUCAGCACUCAGAUAACCACUGAGGUUUUCCUCCACCUGCGUUACGACAAAACAGACUGUGCUCUCAUGGUGACAGCCACAGGUUACCCCGGCAACUCCCAGUCUUGUAAGUCUGGGGACUUCCGUAGUUCAUUCACUAAGCGGUGAGCACAUGAACCUUUCCCCUCACUCCAUUAUGUUCCUCCAUAAUAACAACCAAUGAUCUUACAUCUACAAUCAAGGGUAAAACCCUCGCACGGAGCCUUCAUGUUACUUCUGUAUCUCUAACUGCUCCCACCUGCCCCUCCCUCUCUCUCCUUCCCAGCUACCUGAAGGAGUUUGGCUUCACCAUCCCCGACCGGCCAAUCAUGGUUGAUGACGUCAGAGUCAGGGGCUCUGGGAAAUCAGGAAUCAAAUCUGUGACCAACACCAAGAUGGGAUCUGGAUUUCCCAAAGCCACUACGGUAAAGAGAUUAGGAUUUUGAGAGUCACAAAUCAUCACAAGCACGGUUUGCUUACUGUACUGCACAUCUCAAAGUAAUGUCACUUUUUUCACCUGUGUUUACGGGGCUGUAAACAUAUAUAUAUAUAUAUAUAUAUACACAGUCUCUUUUAUGUGAGUAACAAGUAGUAUUACAGUAUAUUUGAUGUAUGGCUGCAUUGGGAUCCUCACAAUGGACUCCAUGUCAAAUAUAUCCUCUCUUUUCCUUCCCUUAGAUAACCAAGUGUUACUUUGAGGACGGUUACCUGGACACCAGUGUUUACCUAUGGGAGGAGUUGCCAUGUGACCACAAUAUCCCCGGUCCAGCCAUCAUCAUAGACAAGAACAGGUGUGUGUUUCCCAUGCCAUAUUACUUAAGCGUUUAAGUGUCAGGAGGGGUAAAAGGGCAAGGAGGAUUUACAAAUAAUGACACUGCAAAUACUAAAUUCAGAUUAGUUUUCAAGCCUAAAAUAACCACUGAAUUACAUCCGUUGGUUUAGAUAACGCUGGCAUUCUAUAGACCAAAGAGUCAUUUCCUCUGUAAGUACUGUUUUAGACGGUGUCAUUUGGUUGUUUCCUCCCAGCACCAUCCUGGUGGAGCCCAGCUGUGUGGCCCAUCUGACAGAAGGGGGUGAUGUGUGCAUCGCCGUGGGCUCCGACCCCCACUGCCUCCUGGGAACUGAACUCAACACUGUGCAGCUCUCCAUCUUCUCCCAUCGCUUCAUGAGCAUCGCAGGUCAGUUAGUACCCAGGGAGGAGGUACUGAAGGAGGGUAACAGGAAAGAGAAGGAGGAUGGUGUGAAAACGGGUAGAGGAUAACAGCUGGAUAGCUGAGAGGGAAAAGGAUGCGUGUGGAGGAUGCAGAAGUAUGAGGGGUAGGCAGGGUAUUAUCAUGGAGAAAAUCAUUGCCAUUUACCAAGUAACAGAAAGGUAACGAACUGAAAACGAGCAAACCACCACUGUAAUUUCCCCCUGAAGUCUCUAUUAAAUGCCCCAUGGUCUCAUGCAACUACAGAACAGAUGGGCAGAGUGCUCCAGAGAACCUCCAUCUCCACCAACAUCAAGGAGCGUCUGGACUUCUCCUGCGCUGUGUUUGGUCCUGACGGAGGCCUGGUGUCCAAUGCACCACACAUCCCUGUUCACCUGGGAGCCAUGCAGGAGACCGUCCAGUACCAGGUCUGGACAGUCACUGCAAGCAUGACAAUUCACCGCUUUAACAAUGUCUUCAGUCUGUAAAACAUAAUAAGCAAGUAUUUGGAAAAGACGAGACAUUGUUACACUAAGCAAGGAAGAGUAUAUUCUCAUGUCUCUCUCUGUCCUUAUUUAUAUCCUUGUCAACUACAGAUCAAAUCCAUAGGGAGCACCAUUAAAGAGGGUGAUGUGAUUCUGAGUAACCAUCCAUGUGCAGGAGGCAGUCACCUCCCUGACCUCACAGUCAUCACUCCGGUGGGUUUCACUCAUAAUUGUCCCUAGAAUCAUGAAUAAAGGUUGAUACUCAUGCUCUCACCCCCGUCCUCUCUAUCAUGAUAUCAAUCGUGCUCUCUCGCCCUCCCAGGUGUUCAGGAGAGGUGUGAGCGGGCCAGUGUUCUUUGUGGCCAGUAGGGGGCACCAUGCAGAUAUCGGAGGGAUUACCCCGGGCUCCAUGCCACCCAACUCCACCUCCCUGCAGCAGGAGGGGGCUGUCUUCACCUCCUUCAAACUGGUCACUGGUGGAGUUUUCCAGGAGGAGGGUGAGGAAACGCUACGGAGAGGAACCAUUAUGAAAGGGAGAGCCAAUAUGUUGUAAUAUCUGCUUGGCACUGGCAGCCAUUGAGAUAUUAUGUAUUGUGUUAUCAGUUGGCUGUAUAAUGUGUUGUACUCAGGAGAUGUUGGUAGCAGAGUGACUUUCAGUGUAAAUAUAUGGUUACAAUAGGAUCUGUGGAGCUUCACUAACACACCAUGAGACUUGUCUGACUGGCUUAAAUCCUAGGAAUUCAAAGCACUCCAGGAAUCUGUUUGUAAUAACGUUUCCAUGGCAUUGUACUGAUCUCACUCUCCCUGUCCCUGUCUCACUCUCCCUGUCUCACUCUCCCUGUCUCACUCUCCCUGUCUCACUCUCCCUGUCUCACUCUCCCUGUCUCACUCUCUCUGUCUCACUCUCUCUGUCUCACUCUCCCUGUCUCUCUCCCUGUCUCACUCUCUCUGUCUCACUCUCUCUGUCUCACUCUCCCUGUCUCACUCUCCCUGUCUCACUCUCCCUGUCUCACUCUCUCUGUCUCACUCUCCCUAUCUCACUCUCCCUGUCUCCCUGUCUCACUCUCUCUGUCUCACUCUCCCUGUCUCCCUGUCUCACUCUCUCUGUCUCACUCUCCCUGUCUCACUCUCUCUUUCUUCUCCUUUAUCAGCUGUAACUGAAGCCCUCAUGGCUCCGGCUCAGUACCCAGACUGCUCUGGGACUCGCAAUCUCCAUGACAACCUGUCAGACCUGCGAGCUCAAGUGGCAGCCAAUCAGCGAGGGAGCACGCUGGUAGGGGAGUUGAUUGACAGCUAUGGGCUGGCUGUGGUGCAGGCCUACAUGGGAUACAUCCAGGUGAGGAUGACAUCACUGUGAGAUGCUUGUUUCAGUUGGGCUGUAUUGUAUUAGCUUUAUGUGUAUUCUUAGGUCAUAUCACAUUAUAAAUGGAGUGGUCAGCAUUCCUGGUGAAGUGUUUGUCUUUGUGUAAUCUGACCUGUGUGUGUUAUUCCAGACCAAUGCAGAGCUGGCUGUGAGAGACAUGCUGAAAGAGUUUGCCCGUCGGCGGCGGCAACAGACAGGCUCCCUGGAGGUGAAGGCAGAGGACUUCAUGGACGAUGGAACACCAAUCAGAUUGCGGGUCCAGAUUAAGGAGAACGAGGUGGGUGGAGAUAUAAUACUACCCACCUAGCAUGGCUGGGGUGCCAGAUCUGUUUGUACUGGAGCCAACUCCUCUUGCUCUUUUGUGUUUGGCAGGCCUACAAACACGAGAGAAGUGUUGGUUAAAACAGACAGAUCUGGCAACCAGGGUGCUACCCUCCAUCAGGACUGGGCAGGAACUGCUGUUUAUAAUGUUCAUCGACAUUACUCCUCCUUUCUCUCAUUCUCUAUCCCUCCAUCUCUCCAUCGUCCCUCCCAGGGCAGUGCAGUGUUUGACUUCACAGGGACAGGGACGGAGGUGUGGGGGAACUGCAACGCCCCUCGUGCCAUCACAUUCUCUGCCCUCAUCUACUGCCUGCGCUGCAUGGUGGGCCAAGACAUCCCCCUCAACCAGGUCCGACACGUUCACAUUCUCAAUUCACCACAGAACAAAGUCAGUAAUGGGAAACAUAUGCUAGGACCUCCUCUGGUGGUUGAUAAUGGAUACUGCAAUGUUGAAGUUUGGGCUCAGUAUACCAAUAGCUGUACGUUUCUAUUAUAUGGAAGAUUUUUCAUUUAGGUGAUAUGAUCACUUCUAAUGACAUGUCUGCACUGAAUUCAGAAUGUGGCCACAUUAUAAUUAUAAUAAUAUGUUAUGAAAAGAUAUGUGAUACAGUAUGUCUCUAUAUGGAGAAUGCACUAAUUAAACCACUUUGUCUCUGUCUCUCAGGGCUGUCUCACUCCAAUCAAAGUCAUCAUUCCCAGCGGCUCCAUUCUCCAGCCUUCCCAGAAUGCCGCUGUGGUGGGGGGGAAUGUGCUGACGUCACAGCGGGUGGUUGAUGUCAUCUUCCGUGCCUUCGAGGUCUGCGCUGCCUCACAGGUAGGAGAUAUAGCUGCUAAUGGAAAGUCCUGCCACAGUUACAUAAGGAGCAAUAGUUUGGAUGUUUGAGUGUUACCAGCCCUCUUGUUUGUUCUCCCUCCAUCUCUCUCUCUCACUCUCUCAGGGCUGCAUGAACAAUGUGACUUUCGGCAGCGAGGGGAACGGUUACUACGAGACUGUUGCCGGGGGAGCAGGGGCGGGGCCAGGCUGGACUGGGCGGAGCGGUGUCCACAGUCACAUGACUAACACACGCAUCACCGACCCAGAGAUUCUGGAGAAGAGGUGGGGGGAGGAAUUACGAUAGAGGCUUUAACCUUCUACAAUGAGAAAGCAAAUGACUUAACAUUCAGUAGUGGUUGUCUUUAACCUAGUCGGUUGUCUUUAACCUAGUCGGUUGUCUUUAACCUAGUUGGCUAGCAAUCACAUCUUCUUGUGUCCUGUUGAGCUGACUCCUCAGGCCCUCUCCUCCUCCUCCUCCUGAUUCUCAGGUACCCUGUGGUUCUGGAGCACUUCUCCCUGCGGCCCGGCUCGGGGGGUGCAGGGGAGUACCGUGGGGGUGACGGGGUGAUCCGGAAGCUCCUGUUCAGGAAUAAGGUGGUCCUGUCAGUUCUGACAGAGAGGCGCUCCACCCGACCCUAUGGUCUCCAUGGUAAUCUCUCACCUAUGACCUCUCCCAUGACCUUUAUUAGUAUCAUAAUGUCUGUGUAAUUUUGAUUGAGUAGCAGUCUGUUGUUUUGUACCGCCAUGUCUUCUAGUCAUAACAUCUUCUAUGGUUUGUUGUUCACUGUGAUUCUCUCUCUCUCUCUCUCUCUCUCUCUCUCUCUCUCUCUCUCAGGGGGUGGCUGUGGGGCAUCAGGCCUGAACCAGCUCCACAGAGCAGAUGGAAGGGUUCUCAACCUGGGGGCCAAGACCACUGUGAGCCUGGAGCCUGGGGUAAGACUAGACCACAGUCAUGGUAUUAUUUUUUUGGUAUUAUAUUAGGAUCCCCAUUAGCUGUUGCAAAAGCAGCAGAGACUCUUCCUGGGUUCCACAUGAAACAUGACAUAAUAUAGAACAUGAAUAGACAAGAACAGCUCAAGGACAGAGCUACAUCAAUAAAAAAAUAAUUUAAAAAAGGCACACGUAGCCUACAUAUCAAUACAUACACACACAAACUAUCCAGGUCAAAUAGGGGAGAGGCGUUGUGCCGUGAGGUGUUGCUUUAUCUGUUUUUUUUAAACCAGGUUUGCUGUUCAUUUGAGCAAUAUGAGAUGGAACGGAGUUGCAUGCAAUAAUGCCUCUAUAUAAUACUGUACACAUUCUUGAAUUUGUUUUGGAUUUGGGGACUAUGAAAAGACCCCUGGUGGCAUGUCUGGUGGGGUAAGUGUGUGUGUGUGUGUGUGUCAGGGCUGUGUGUAAGUUAACUAUUCAAACCAUUUGGGAUUUUCAACACAUUGACUGCAUCACUUCUUUUUAUAAGAAACAGUCUCUCCUCAACGCUUAGCCAAGAGAGACUGCCCCGCAUAGUAUUUAUAUCAGCCCUCUGAUUACAAUGAAGAGCAAGACGUGCCGCUCUGUUCUGGGCCAGCUGAAGCUUAACAAGGUCUUUCCUUGCAGCACUCGACCACACGACUGGACAAUAAUCAAGAUAAGACAAAACUAGAGCCUUCCAGGACUUGCUUUUUGGAAUGUGGUGUCAACAAAGCAGAGCAUCUCUUUAUUACGGACAGACCUCUCCGCAUCUUUACAACCAUUGAAUCUAUAUGUUUUGACCAUGACAGUUUACAAUCUAAGGUAACGCCAAGUAAUUUAGUCUCCUCAACUUGUUCAACAGCCACACCAUUCAUUACCAGAUUCAGCUGUCUAGAACUUAGGGAAUGAUUUAUACCAAAUACAAUGCCCUUAGUUUUAGAGAUGUUCAGGACCAGUUUAUUACUGGCCACCCAUUCCAAAACAGACUGCAAGUCUUUGUUAAGGGUUUCAGUGACUUCAUUAGCUGUGGUUGCUGGCUGUUGGAGUUUGUCUGUGUGUGGUACAUCUGCAUAUGUAUGUGCCUGUUGGUGUGGUGUACUGUCCAGUAUGGGCCUGUUAGUGUUCUUGCAUUGUACUAGUGUUUAGACUUGUCUUUUGUUCCGGGUGUGUGUUGAUUACCCAACUGACCGUCUGUGUGUAUCUGUGUUGACAGGAUAUGUUUUGCCUGUACACACCUGGCGGAGGUGGAUAUGGUGAGGAGGACAAGCAAACAGCUGGGGAUGGAAGAAUCUUUCAAAAGCGCAGGCGCUUGAACGACAACUUCUCUGAGAGGGGCAGUGUGUUUGAGUACCGCAUGGCACAGGAGGGUGUGUGAGAAUGGGGGACUGGCCAGUGUCACGAGAAUUUCUCUCUCUAAUAGUUAAACUCAACUGUUACUCAAGCUUUGAAUAAUUCCCAGAGGUUGUAAGACUAGUUAAUAAUGAAUUAAACAAAGUCCCAUUUCUGCAACGAAUCAGUUUCUUUAUUCAUGAGCGCUCUCUCCCUAAAAACACACUCAGCCUUUUUAUAUGCGUUCAC